CGGCAGAAUCAAACGCUGCAGUAAACGUUUUGUCAUUAUUGCUCGUCAUCAUUGGCAUGUAUUUUCACAUCUGCAAUAGAUCCAGAGGAACAGACCAAUCACAAUAAGCACAAAGCGCCAAGUCCUGCCGAACGCGGCCAUUAAGUUUGCUCCGUUUCUUGCGAUCUUAUUUUGAAAAUUUUCUUACGUUUUCUUACGCAACAAUUGUAACGUAUCAAUUUGUUAAAAAAUAUAUUUUUAUACUUCCCUUUAAAUGACUCGUGCAUACAGAACGAGACAGCGUUGAGGAAUAAACGCGUAGGUCACACAAUGGCCAAUCAACGUCUUUUUCACAGCGUGACCCACUUGUUCCCAAGUAGCAAAGUACGACUUCAUCAUGACGUCGGGUUUUAAAACUCACUCAAUUUUUAGCUCCAAUGGAUACAAGUAAAAUGUCACUCGUGCAGACGAUUACAGGCGAAACAAAAUCAAAUGCAUUUUUUUUAAAUUCGAUAUCUUACUGUGAGAUAUCAAAGUCAUGUUGAUUGAGUAUCAGAACGAGAUAAAAUAAAAGUUCUCUAGAAAACACUUUCUAUUGAUGAUAAAAUCGCAGUUUAAUAUAAUAAAAAAAUAAUGUAAUAUAUUAUCUUUAUUAUUUGCUCAUUUAUUUAUACAUUUACUUCAAGUAAAAAAUACAUGUUAUGACGUCACCCUUAGCAACGCUUCUGUUACUAAUCCAUUUCACAGUGUGUUUAGCGUUUUAAUACCUGAGCAAUAUUUUAAAUAAAUUUCGAUUUAUCACAUUUUUCGAACAAACAAAAGAAGAAAGAUGGAGAAAAAGAAAAAAAUGGAAAAUCCACCUCCGGAUUCUCACCGAGAAUUCUUGGAUAUGGACACAGAUGAAGAAGAUUUUGAACGACAAGAAAGUCUUGAGAGCGAAGAAGAACUUUUUGUUGAACCGAUAAAGCCGGUCUUUGAUGAACAAGAUUUAAAGAAAUUGAUACAAUAUGUGAAGGAUCUCACAGUGCUUCCUUCACUUAAAGAUGACGAUUGGAAUGAAAAUUGUGACACAGUUAUUUGCGAGUAUUUCAAAAAUCCAAGUUUUACAUUACUAUGUAUUUAUUUCAAGGCAAAUGUAUUAAACGCGCAAUUGAGCAUUCCAGCAGGACACAUAAGCAAUUUUGUAUAUUUCAUGCGAGCGCCUUGGCAGGUGCUCACAGUUGACAAUUUUUAUGUUACAAUCGUUUUUGGUAGUGUUAAUCACAACACAAUGAUGUUUGUAUUGAAAUCAAUGGAGUGCUUAUACGUGCCCGUAGCAUUGAGUAGCAACGAAUGGCUCGAGACUAUCAAAACUGAUUUGUUCUCAAACCUGCACAAAUUUUUAAUGUACCUGACCGAAUGGAUUUAUAAGCCAUUGAAAUUGACCAAAUUGUAUAUGCCGCGAGAAGAUCCUCCCAAUAUUGCGGAAUCGAACUUUGAAAAGAUGGAUUUGUCGAAAGACAAUCGACAGUACGCUCCUGGCAAAUUAACCGAAUCAGAAAAAGCACUAAUAGAAAGAUUUGAAAGUAUCGUACGAUAUUGGAUCAAGCAGAUACACGAGGUGUUAGCGAGCAUGUCCAUGAAGAAAAGAAGAGAAAACAUUGUCGACGAGCUGGAACAUUGGACAGCGAUAUAUUACGACUUGUGUUGUUUGCUGGAUCAAUUUUCUAAUAGAAAAGUCGAAUCGAUAUUGCGGUUUUUGGAGAACAUUCGUUCGCCAACAUCGGAUUCGUUACGUCAUUUGACGCUACAACUUAACAAAGGAAUAAAUCAAGCAACGUCAAACGUGACGUACUUGAGAAUUUUGUCGGAAGCUUGUAACGAUUUGAAAUGUCCGGAUGAAAUUGAAGAACCGAUAACAAGAAUAUUAUUGUUGAUAUUGUUUAUUUGGACAGAAUCGCCAUUUUAUAACAUAUCGAGCAAUAUAGAAAUACUUUGCGAGUGUGUCAGUUCUCAAAUAAUAUAUCAAUGUCAAAAAUAUGUCAAUUUACAAGCGUUAUUAGACGACUGCGUAGAAGACAAGAUAAAUAUACUUUGGAAGUGCAUCUCUUGUUGCGAAACAUAUAAGAUUGUAUACGAUAAGGUCACAAACAUAACCGCACACGUGAAAUCGAAUAGAGAUUGGAACGUAAACGAACAGUUAAUAUUCAAUCGCAUCGAUACAUUUAUGCAAAGAUGUUACGAUAUUAUUGAGAUAUGCAACGCUUUGAUCGUAUUUGGAAGAUGCAACAAGGUAGGGUCAAUCGGCGGUGCAAAAGGCUUUGAAUACGAGGACUAUUGUCGCAGAAUAGACGGUCUGUUGUACCAGAGUUUAGACGAAAUCAAAUCAACACAGAAUAUUCUCGAAGUAGAAAAAUCGACAUGGGUAAAAAACAUGCAAAAAUUUAGAUAUUCCGUGAUGGAAUUAGAAAACAUGGUGAAGACUCUGAUUGAACGCAUGUUUGAAGAAGUUAACGAUAUUGAAGAGGGCAUCGAAGCCAUUUACGCGUUUCGACAUUUUACACACAAGAAAUCGUUGAAAGAUAUGUUACGGAUGAAAUGGAUGAAGAUGUGGAAAAUACUGGAUUGUGAGAUCAAACAUUGUCGCAGCGCAAACGUGAUGAGACACAGAGAGUAUUAUUCAUUCAUAUUUCAAGGUCAGUCGGAAAACACAGCUAGAUUGUGCAUUGACAGAUAUGUGGAACGAUCAUUUCAAAAAAUGAUAGACGCAUCCGACUGGAUAGAAAGUUGUGUAGGUGAGAUGUAAAAGUAUCAUUUCGCUGUAAUAACCGAUUAUUUUCUUAUAUAAAAUUACACGUGUUGUACUUAUGUAAGUAUUGAA